UUAACAAAAAUAUAUCGUGACUACUAACUGAUGAUGAAGAUUCAGGAUGAAAACGGAUGCUCUUUUAUCAUCGGAGAAUACAUUGAUAAAGGAAGCUUUAGUAAAGUUUACGCUUUAGAAUGUUGUCUGACGAGAAGACGAUUAGCUGGUAAGUUUAUUAGCAAAGAAAAACUACAAAGGCACGGCAUUAGCAAUGCUGUUUGGAAUGAAAUAGGUAUCCACCGAAGGCUUCGUCACAAAAAUAUAGUACAGUUCCUCACGUAUAUCGAAUUGGGCAGUCACAUCAUUAUAGUUCUCGAGUACUGCUCAAGGUACUCUAUGGUGCAUAUUAUUCACGCUUUAAAAACACUGACCGCAAGUGAGGCAAAGCACUUCAUGAUACAAGUAGUUUCUGCAGUGGAAUACCUGCACAGUAACAAAAUAGUGCACAGAGAUCUAAAACUGGGGAAUCUGUUUGUGGAUAAGCAGUUUGCAGUGAAGUUGGGUGACUUCGGUUUGGCCAUAGCGAUAGUGUACGAGGGUCAGAAACGCUUUUCUCGAUGUGGAACUCCAAACUAUAUUGCUCCUGAAGUGAUUAACGGAAUAGGAUACAGUUACGAGGUGGACGUGUGGGCUCUGGGCUGCAUAUUACACACGAUGCUGGAGGGCACACCACCAUUCCAGGGGCCGAACACUACUACCACCUACAACAAACAUAAUCAGGUGCCAAUAUCGUCCAUCUUCCCGCAUUAA